AUGGCCUCUCGCGCGAUUCCAUCACACUUGAAGCCAUCGGCCGCCGCCGACGGCGCUGCUGAGGGUUUCUCUGCCCGCCAUCACGGCAAGACCCAGUCCCACGUUGCUUUCGAGAACACCUCUACCAACGUUGCUGCUUCCCAGAUGCGCAAUGCUCUCAACAAGCUCGCAGACACCGUCGAGGACCCCAAGGAGAAGGCUCGUUUCGAGGUUGAGAUGGACAACUUCUUCGCCCUCUUCCGACGAUACCUCAACGACAAGGCCAAGGGCAAUGCCAUCGAGUGGUCCCGAAUUGCCCCUCCCAAGGCCGAGCAGGUCGUCAACUACGAUGACCUUGCCAACUCCGAGGCGGUCGAAUACUUGAACAAAUUGGCUGUUGUCAAGCUCAACGGUGGUCUCGGUACCUCCAUGGGUUGCGUUGGUCCCAAGUCGGUCAUCGAGGUCCGUGACGGCAUGUCCUUCCUCGAUCUUUCCGUCCGCCAGAUCGAGUACCUCAACCGCACAUACGACGUCAACGUGCCAUUCGUCCUCAUGAACUCGUUCAACACCGAUUCCGACACAGCCAGCAUCAUCAAGAAGUACGAGGGACACAACAUUGACAUCCUCACAUUCAACCAGUCCAAGUACCCCCGUGUGCUCAAGGACUCUCUCCUGCCCGCUCCCAAAUCCGCAGACUCCGACAUCUCCAACUGGUACCCUCCGGGCCACGGUGACGUUUUCGAGUCUCUGUAUAACUCCGGAAUCCUCGACAAGCUCAUCGAGCGUGGCAUCGAGAUCAUCUUCUUGUCCAACGCCGACAACUUGGGUGCCGUCGUCGACCUCCGCAUCCUCCAGCACAUGGUUGACUCCAAGUCGGAGUACAUCAUGGAGUUGACCGACAAGACCAAGGCUGACGUCAAGGGUGGAACCAUCAUCGACUACGAGGGCUCCGUCCGCCUCCUUGAAAUUGCCCAGGUGCCUAAGGAGCACGUCAACGAGUUCAAGUCGAUCAAGAAGUUCAAGUACUUCAACACCAACAACAUCUGGUUGAACCUCAAGGCCAUCAAGCGCGUCGUUGAGAACAACGAGCUCGCCAUGGAGAUCAUCCCCAACGGCAAGUCCAUCCCCGCCGACAAGAAGGGCGAGGCCGACCUCUCCGUUCUCCAGCUCGAGACUGCCGUCGGAGCUGCCAUCCGUCACUUCAGCAAUGCCCACGGUGUCAACGUCCCUAGGCGCCGUUUCUUGCCCGUCAAGACUUGCUCUGACCUCAUGCUCGUCAAGUCUGAUCUCUACACUCUCCAGCACGGCCAGCUCGUUAUUGACCCCAACCGUUUCGGCCCUGCUCCUUUGAUCAAGCUCGGCAGCGACUUCAAGAAGGUCUCGAACUUCCAGGCUCGCAUUCCCUCCAUCCCCAAGAUCGUCGAGCUUGACCACUUGACCAUCACUGGCAAGGUCACCCUCGGCCGUGGAGUCGUCCUCAAGGGUACCGUCAUCAUUGUUGCCACGGAAGGUAGCACGAUCGACAUUCCUCCGGGCUCUAUCCUCGAGAACGUCGUUGUCCAGGGCUCCCUCCGCCUCCUUGAGCACUAG